AUGGGAGGGAUGGGAUUAUGGGAUCUUAAAGUAUUCAACCAAGCAUUGUUAGCGAAGCAAUUACGGCGCCUACACAAUAAUCCUAACCCUCUUUUGCACGCUAUGCUUAAAGUUCGAUACUUUAAGCAUGCCUUUAUUUUGGAGGCGUGUAGAGGGUAUGAUCCGAGCUAUUCUUGGAGGAGUUUGUGGGGUUCUAAGUCAUUGCUCUUGGAUGGUUUGCGGUGGAGAGUUGGAAAUGGUUACAAUGUAAGAGUAUGGCUGGAUAAUUGGCUUCCUGAUAAUGUUAUUCCUGAACAUGGUAUCUCUUACGAUCCUGAUCUUUGUGUGGCUUAUGAUGGGCGUUAG